AUGGAGGUUGCACCAUCCUUAGCACCGGCGACACGCUUGACGGGACGGUUUGUGCCGAGGAAAUCGGGAGUACUGAUCGUGCUCGUUGUUCUAUCAUGUCUGGUGAACUCUAUGACAAUGGGUUACGAUGGAACCAUGAUGAACGGGCUUAACAUCCUGCCCUCGUUUUACAACACCAUCAGCUUGAACACCGCGGGCCAGUCUGUGAAUACUGGCAUCAUUUGGGUCGGAGGAUGUGUCGCCGCCCUGUUUUCCGGCCAAGUCAUCGACCGAUGGGGACGCAAGGCCGGUAUGGCCUAUGCUGUUGCUAUAUCAUGCAUUGGAAUCCCACUCCAGGCUGCAGCUCAAAACUCCACAAUGUUCAUCAUAGCCCGGCUGAUUGUUGGUAUCGGCGUUGGCUUGAGCUCGGUAGCCUGCCCGACCUACUGCUCUGAAGUGGCACCACUACGCUGGAGGGCUUUCUGUCUGGGGCUGUACUAUGCCUUCUGGUAUGGCGGAGGUCUGUUUGCAUCCGGCUUGACGUACGGCACUGGCAGGAUCCAGAGCUCUUGGGCAUGGCGGCUUCCGUCCUUGCUCCAGCUUAUUCCUGCCCUACUUUGCCUGGCAGUCUUGCCAUUCAUUCCGGAAUCCCCGCGAUGGUUAAUGUAUCACGAUCGGGAGGCCGAAGCCCUGGAAGUGUUCGCAAUUAUGGCGGCAGACGGGGACGUUUCCGAUCCUGUGGUUGUCACCCAAUUUCGACAGGUUCAUGAGACCGUCCUGUUCGAGAAAGAGCAUAAGGCAAGCAAUAACUGGCUGGAUGCGGUGAAGACACACAACAAUAGGAAAAGAAUGUUGCUAGCAUGCUCAUGUGCUGUCAUUGGAAACAUGAGUGGGAGUGGCAUCGUUUCGUACUAUCUAGGUACAAUGCUCAGCCAAGCCGGAAUCACCAACACGACCACUCAACUGCAGAUCAACAUUUACUUGUCUCUCUGGUGUCUAUUCACUGCGACGCUUGGGACAUGCUUUGCAGACAAGAUAGGGCGGAAAAAGCUAGGUGCCGGCUCCAUGGGCGCCUCUUUGGUGUUCCUGUACCUUGUCGGGGUGUUCACAAAACUGUACGGAACCGGAGACGACUGGUCAGGGACUCUGGCAACUGUGGCUUGCAUUUUUCUCUAUCAAGGCGUUUACUCCUUCGGCUGGACGACUCUACUGGUUAUGUAUCCUCCGGAAGUGUUGAACUUCAGCUUACGAGGGAAUGGAAUGAGUAUCUAUACCUUCUUUUCCAACGGUGCUGCCUGCGUCGUCACUUUCGCUUUUCCAUUUGCUCUUGAAGCUAUCGGAUGGAAAACUUAUAUGAUCAACGCAUCCUGGGACGUCCUCGAGGUCCUAUUCAUUCUCUUCUUUUGGGUGGAGACCAGCAACAAGACACUUGAGGAAAUCGACGUGCUUAUCGAUGGAGAUGUCCAUUUCGAUGCCCCAACUCUCAUGGCUGUGAUGGUUGGUGAUGCUGAGGUCAAUCCGGACAUAGUGUUGAAGAAGGAUGCAAUCGACGCGAAAGAUACAAGUAAGCAGGCUAUUGUUUCAGUUUGCUAG